GACGAAAAUGAUACCCAAAAGUUAAGAACUGGAAAAUGCUUCAUUUAGUGUUAAUAAUUGUCCUAUUUGCUGCGUCUGCGCUCGCGGAUCUUUUGAUCGACAUUCCGGAUGGCACUCUUCUAGGCUCGGAAAUCAAAACUGAAAACUACACAUAUUACGCUUAUCGUGGUAUUCCAUUCGCGUUACCACCGCUGGAUAAAUUGAGAUUCCAGGCUCCCGUACCCAAUGAGCCCUGGAAUGGAAUCCUAAACGCGACGGCAUUAAAAAGUUGUUGUUUACAAAUGGAAUCCAUUGGAAAUCCGGAUAGGUUCAGCGAAGACUGCCUGCAUAUUAAUGUGUAUACACCAGCAAGGAAGAUUACCGAAAAAUUGCCAGUAAUGUUGUGGAUAUAUGGAGGAGGAUUUUAUUUUGGAUGCGCAUCGGACGUCAUUUAUGAUCCAUUUCCUCUUGUAAAUGAAGAUGUUAUAGUGGUCACGUUUAACUAUCGUCUAGGAGUAUUCGGGUUCCUCUCUACCGAAGACAAUGUGAUCCUAGGUAAUGCUGGAUUAAAAGACCAGCUGCUCGCUAUGAAAUGGACUCAGAAAAACAUCGAAUUUUUCGGCGGAGAUCCGGAAAAAGUUACUCUGUUUGGCGAAAGUGCGGGGGGUAUAUCCGUCGGAGCACACAUUGUAAACAGAAAGUCGGCUGGUCUGUAUAGGGCGGCAAUCUGUCAGAGUGGUUGUUCGUUGGUGAAGUUAGCCCAGACAUCACAAACUAAUCCUAGGCAAGGCGCUUACGAUAUUGCGAGGUCAGUAAAUCCACUUAUAUCGGAGAAGAAUACGACAGCGGAAAUUAGAGAUUUGCUGCAAGGUAUAUCAGCUGAUACCUUGGUGGAGGCAUUCCAAGCAAAUUCACAAACUGGGCCUAUAGUAGAAAUUCAAGACGAAAAUGCUUACGUCACAGAUCUCAGCUUCGGACUUCUGGAAUCUGGCGACUUCAACCAAGUUCCGUGUAUUAUCGGUACCACGUCAGCAGAAGUUCUUGGUCUUAUAAAUUCAACACCUGAAAUGCUUCUCUCCGCCGCCGAAGUAUACGAUUCGAGCUCGAGUAUUGUAAUACCUUCAAAUUUGAAGCUUCUGCCAUUUGCUGAUCCAGAUGAAGUAGCGUCUUUGAUAAAAAGGCCAUACACGGGGGGUCUACCAUUUGCAACAAACCUCACAGGAUUCAUAGAAUAUAGCAACGACCUCACUUUUGGGAAAGCAUCCCUUAAACAAGCUGAAAUUCAGUCUAGCUAUUCACCCGUUUACUUUUAUCAGUUCUCUUACUCAGGUAGCAUGAACCAGGGGCAAACUAUUGUGGAGGGUGCUGGGAAUGUAGGUCAUGGCCAAGAAUUGUACUAUAUUUUUAAUACUAUCGGUUAUUCUUUAACUUCGAACGAGGAUUUUCUGACCAGGAAUAGAAUGACAAAGCUUUGGACCAAUUUCGCGAAAACUUUGAAUCCCACUCCGGAUUCAUCGGAUCCCUUGCUCAACGUAACAUGGCCUCAAAUUUCCGGAACGAUUAUCCCGUACCUUGAUGUAGACGAGAUACUUGAAGUUAAAUCGGGAAAAAAGAAGACAGAAAUGGUAAUGUGGAACUAUGUUUACUACACUUAUGGCGAGCAGCCUUUCGACGGAUUCUGAACAUUUGGCACUUUAUUAUCGCUUGAUCUUAUCAAUGUCAUUUAUUAAUUCAAUAGGAUUAUAUACAAAUAAAAAUUCAUCAGCGCAAAUAAUAAG